AUGGCCCUCAUCCUACUGGCCUCGCUCACCGUGGGGCUGCUGGCCCUCUCCUGCUGCGCGGCCCCGCUGCAGAGCAAGCCGCAGGCAGUUGUCACCUUCCCGGGGGAGCUGGUCAGCAGCUUGUCAGAUAUGGAACUGGCAGAGAGUUACCUGCUGCGGUUUGGCUACACCACGGGGGCAGAGGUGCGGACGGGCAGCAAGCAUGUGUCCCUGGGCAAGGCACUACGCAGGAUGCAGAAGCAGCUGGGCCUGAAGGAGACAGGAGAGUUGGAUACUGGCACAUUGGAGGCCAUGAGAGCCCCCCGCUGUGGUGUCCCUGACGUGGGAACCUUCCUCACCUUUGAGGGUGACCUCAAGUGGGACCACAUGGACCUGACGUACCGGGUGAUGAACUACUCCCCUGACCUGGACCGUGCCGUCAUUGACGACGCCUUCCAGAGGGCCUUCAAAGUGUGGAGUGAUGUCACCCCCCUCACCUUCACCCAGAUCUACAGUGGCGAGGCAGACAUCAUGAUCAUGUUUGGCAGCCAAGAGCAUGGGGAUGGGUACCCCUUCGAUGGCAAGGACGGGCUCCUGGCACACGCCUUUCCCCCUGGCCGGGGCAUCCAGGGUGAUGCCCACUUUGAUGACGAUGAGCUCUGGACACUGGGAACUGGCAUAGUGGUGAAGACCCGCCAUGGGAAUGCCAACGGGGCCAACUGCCACUUCCCCUUCGUCUUCGAGGGCCGCUCGUACUCCCGGUGCAUCACGGAGGGGCGCACGGACGGGCUGCCCUGGUGUGCUACCACCGGCAGCUACGACCGGGACAAAAAAUAUGGCUUCUGCCCCAGCGAACUCCUCUACACCACCGGUGGCAACAGUGAUGGGUCUCCCUGUGUCUUCCCCUUCAUCUUUGAUGGCACCUCCUAUGAUGCCUGCACCACGGACGGGCGCUCCGAUGGCUACCGCUGGUGUGCCACCACUGCCAACUUUGACCAGGACAAGAAAUAUGGCUUCUGCCCCAACAGAGACACGGCGGUGGUUGGUGGCAACUCCCAGGGAGACCCCUGUGUCUUCCCCUUCACCUUCCUGGGGCAGUCCUACAGCACCUGCACCAGCCAGGGCCGGCAGGAUGGCAAGCUCUGGUGUGCCACCACCAGCAGCUACGACACUGACAAGAAGUGGGGCUUCUGCCCAGACAGAGGUUACAGCAUCUUCCUGGUGGCUGCCCACGAGUUUGGGCACUCACUGGGGCUGGACCACUCCAGUGUGCGUGAGGCCCUGAUGUACCCCAUGUACAGCUACAUCCAGGACUUCCAGCUGCACCCGGAUGAUGUCCAGGGCAUUCAGUACCUCUAUGGUCGUGGCUCUGGGCCUGAGCCUACUGCCCCUGCACCUGUGCCCACUGAGAAGCCCCAGCCCAUGCCCACAGAGGCUGGCAGCACCUCUACCACUGAGGAGGAGGAGGAAGAGGAGACGUCAGAGCCCACAGGUGAGCCCAUUCCAGUGGACCCCAGCCAGGAUGCCUGUGUGGAGAAGAACUUUGAUGCCAUCACAGAGAUCAACGGGGAGCUGCAUUUCUUCAAGGAUGGGAAAUACUGGACCCACUCAUCCUUCUGGAAGACAGGCAUCCAGGGUGCCUUCUCCAUGGCAGACACCUGGCCUGGCCUCCCACCUGUCAUCGAUGCUGCGUUCCAGGACCUGCUCACCAAGAGGGUCUUCUUCUUUGCCGGUCGGCAGUUCUGGGUGUUCUCUGGCAAGACUAUGCUGGGCCCCCGGGGCAUCGAGAAGCUGGGCAUUGGGAAAGGUGCAGGUCGCAUCUCGGGGGCCCUGCAGCGGGGCCGUGGCAAAGUGCUGCUCUUUAGUGGGGAGAACUACUGGAGGCUGGAUGUGAAGGUCCAGAGGGUGGACAGGGGCUAUCCCCGUGCCACCGAUGACAUCUUCACUGGUGUCCCCCUUGAUGCUCACAAUGUCUUCCUCUACCAAGACAAGUACCACUUCUGCCGGGGCAGCUUCUACUGGAGGAUGACGCCACGCUACCAGGUGGAUCGGGUGGGCUACGUCAAGUAUGACAUUCUGCAGUGCCCCGAGCACUGA